CCCAACAAGCACCCUGAUUUUUAAAUCAGGCACGACAGUGAUACUAGCUAUGGUGCGUUGCUACAUUACAUACUUGGCCGCUCUCAUUGUUUGCCUGGUUUCUGCAGCACCAGCCAGCAAGCGGGAGUUCUCUCCAGACAAUGUGUACUUCCCACUCCCGAACGGGUUUCCUGAACCAAGCCAAGAUCAAAUCCUCCAAAUCCAGAGAGAAGCCCACGGCACUCUACCCAAUAGCCUACUACCAGCAACACUCAGUUCUGAAGGAGUCACAAAUCUCAAGCUUAUUGCUCUCAACGAACUCUUCGAAGUCGCCUACUUUACCGAGCUAGUUUACAACUUGACGAACAAAGUCUCGGGCUACGAUCUAGGAUACGGCCAUGAAUACGUCCUCGACUCUUUACACGCCAUCGUCGCACAAGAACAACUACAUCUACUCAACGCAAAUAGCGCGCUCGAACACUUCAAGCAAGAGCCAAUCCAGCCCUGCAAAUACAACUUCCCAGUCACAGACUUCCACUCAGCCAUAGCUCUGGCAGGCACUUUCACCGACCUAGUUCUAGGCACACUUCAAGACAUCCAGGAGAUAUUUGCCAAAAACCAGGAUAGCGGUCUUGUGCGCGGCGUGGCUUCCGUUCUCGGCAACGAAGCGGAACAACAGGGCUUCUACCGUCUCGUCCAGAAGAAACGUGUCACCUCGCAGCCGUUCCUCACAACCUCCACUAGAGACUUUGCUUUCACGGCUAUUCAGUCGUUCACCAUUCCUGGCUCUUGUCCGAAUAUCGACACGAUCCCGCUCAAGAAACUCCUUCCGCUCACCGUCGAGACCAAAGAUAUUCCAGCCGCAACUCAGAAGCUUAAGUUCUCCUUUGCCGAAAACGAUGCCGGACUGUAUAACAUGAAUUCCUUCAGGCUGGUCUAUAUCAACGGGCAAAACUUGCCGAUUGUGAAGAAUCUGGAGAACCUUCAAGUGGUGGAAGACAGGGUUUUGUUCGAGGUGCCGUUUCCUUACGAUGAGUUUCUGAUGAAUGGACUCACGAUUGCGGCGGUUACGAUGGGUGCGGAUCAAUUUGCUGAUGCAGAUGAGGUUUCCGAGGCUGCCAUCUUCGGACCAGGGCUUAUCCAAAUCGAGUAACCUGGUCGAUAGUCUGCUGGAAAAUGUUGGGUAUGCGUAUAGUGUUGGAGCGCAGGAUGCAGGGCUUGGCUUGCAUACCCCGUUUCCGAUGUACCAAUGAAUCUCUCAGUCAAUGAUUUGAUGUUUCCUGCUACAUAACUGGCGAUUUAGCAAGCAUGGGACUAUCCUUUAGCCCUCUCGCCAGUGCGUGUCGGCCCUGUAGAUUGUUUUCCCAUGCUGGCCAGGAAAUCUUUGAUCACGCUCGGCAGCAUCGGAUCAUUCAAAGACUUCGUG